AUGACAUCCACGCCCACCGCACCCGAAGCGCCCUCCGCUCCCAUCAACCCCUCCCACGCGCUCCUCUCCCGCGCCCACUCCCCCGACACCACCACCCGCAUCUUCACCGACCGCGUCCAAAAGAAGCCCCUCCUCCUCCGCCCCACCGAGUCCGCCGACACCCCCUCCACCGACGCGCGCGCCGCGCGCCGCCUCACGCGCCAACGCCACGCCGCCCAGACGAAAAACAAGUCCGCGAGCAAACCGACGCCCCUCUCCGCGCGCCAAAAGCGCGCUCUGGGUGUGCACGAAAUCCCCAAGUCCCAACAGCGCUACGAAAUCUUCGAAGGCUUGCACAAGAUGUGGGUUGGGUACGUGCGGGAGGUGUUGGGGUUAAGCGAAGGAGGAGGGCCGGGCUAUGUGUCUGCUGCGUCGGCGGGGCCGAAGUUGGCGAGUGCGGAUUUCCACGGCGCCGAGGUCGAGGUGGUGAGGAGUCGGUGUGUGGGGAGGGUGGGGUUGCGGGGGAUUGUGGUGAAGGAUCGGAAGUUUGUGUUUGAGGUGGUGACGAGGGGAGAUGUGGUCAAGACGAUUCCGAAGGAGCAUACAGUGUUCCGGUUUGAGAUUCCGCUGGGGACGGGCGGUGGAGAGGGACUGGGGGAGGAGCCUCGGAACUUGGUGUUCGAGCUGCAUGGGUCGCAGUUUGAGAAUAGGGCGCCGGAUCGGGCGAAUAAGAAGUUCAAGCAGCAUGCUAUGGUUGAUCUUUGA